AUGGGGGGCGCAGGCCGCCGCCGCGGGGGCGCGGCGCGGGCGCUGCUGCCGCUGCUGCUGUCGCUGCCGCUGCUGCUGCUGCUGCGGGCGGCCGGCCCCGGGCCGCCGGAGGAGGAUGUGGACGGGUAUGCCCAGGGGGUGGACGAUUGCCACACCAAUGCCCUGUGUCAGAACACACCCACCUCCCACAAGUGCUCCUGUGGGCCUGGCUACCAGGGGGAGGGCAGGCGGUGUGAGGAUGCGGACGAGUGCCUGCGGGACAACGGCGGCUGCCAGCACAGCUGCGUGAACCUCAUGGGAAGCUACGAGUGUCGCUGCAAGGAGGGCUUUUUCCUGAGUGACAAUCAGCACACGUGCAUUCACCACUCAGAAGUGACCUGUGGCCAUGGAAACGGCGGAUGCCAGCACUCCUGUGAGGACACGGCUGCAGGCCCAGAGUGUAGCUGCCACCCUCAGUCCGAGCUGCACGUGGAUGGGAGGAGCUGCCCCGAGCGACCGGACACUGCCCUGGAGGUGACAGAGGGCAGCGCCACAUCCAUGGCGGACGGGGAUAAACGGGUGAAGCGGCGGCUGCUCAUGGAGACGUGUGCUGUUGGCAAUGGAGGCUGCGAUCGCACCUGUAAGGACACGGCGACCGGUGUUCGCUGCAGUUGUCCUAUCGGCUUCACGCUCCAGCCGGACGGGAAGACCUGUAGAGAUGUUGACGAGUGCCAGACGCGCAACGGAGGCUGCGACCACGUCUGCAGAAACACCGCGGGCAGUUUUGACUGCAGCUGCCGAAAGGGAUUUAAGUUACUGACAGAUGAGAAGUCUUGCCAAGAUGUGGAUGAAUGCUCUUUGGAGAGGACCUGCGACCACAGCUGCAUCAACCGCCCUGGCUCCUUUGCAUGUGCUUGCAACGCGGGGUAUACCCUCUACGGCUUCACCCACUGCGGAGACACCGACGAGUGCAGCGUCCACAACGGAGGCUGUCAGCAGGUCUGUGUGAACACGGUGGGCGGCUACGAGUGCCAGUGCCUCUCUGGGCACACGCUGCACUGGAACGGAAAGGACUGUGUGGGUAAGAGGGGCCUGGCCGCUGGCGCGUCACCCCGCGUGUCCCUGCAGUGCACUAGGAGCGCUGGAGGAGACAGGUGCUCUCUCAGCUGUCGCUCUGGCAUUCACCUCUCCUCAGGAUUGCAAGAGGCCUAUUCCGUCACCUGCGGCUCCUCCUCCCCUCCCAGGAGCAAACAGCGAGAGUCAGCGGGCUCUGCCUCCGGGGAUGUCGCCAGCGUCAGGACGAGUGUAACCUUUAAGCUAAAUGGAGGCAUAUGUAGUUUGAAAAAGGCCGAGCCGUUUCCGGAGGGUCUGCGACCAGCACCACCAGAGGAGCACAGCUCAGUGAAAGAGAGCUUCCGCUACGCAAACCUUACAUGCAGCUCCCGCAAGCAAGUCCCGGGAGCCCCUGGCCGACCGAGUGCCCCGGAGGACGUGUUUGUCACUGUUGAGUUUGAGCUUGAAACCAACCAAAAGGAGGUGACAGCUUCUUGUGAUCUGAGUUGUGUCAUAAAGCGGACAGAGAGGCGGCUCCGGAAGGCCACCCGCACGCUCCGGAAGGCCGCCCAGAGGGAGCAGUUUCACCUCCAGCUCGUGGGCAUGGACCUCCAAGUGGCUAAAAGGUCUCCCGGGACAGCAGGCCCGCAGGCAGAGUCCUGUGCCGUGGGCCAGGGCCGCGUGGGAAGCCAGUGUGUCAGCUGCAGGGCUGGGACGUACUACGAUGGAGCCCAAGAACGCUGCAUUCUGUGUCCGGAUGGAACCUUCCAGAAUGAGGAAGGUCAAAUCACGUGUGAACCAUGCCCAAGGCCAGAAAAUCCUGGGGUCCAGAAGACCCCAGAAGCUUGGAAUGUGUCUGAAUGUGGAGGUCUGUGCCAACCUGGUGAAUAUUCCGCCGAUGGCUUUGCACCCUGCCAGCUCUGCGCCCUGGGCACAUUCCAGCCUGAAGCCGGCCGUACCUCCUGCUUGCCCUGCGGGGGAGGCCUCCCGACCAAACGCCUGGGAGCCACUUCCUUCCAGGACUGUGAAACCAGAGUUCAGUGUUCACCUGGACACUUCUACACCACCACGCACCGGUGUGUUCGCUGCCCAGCUGGGACAUACCAGCCCGAAUUUGGAAAAAAUAGCUGCGUUUCCUGCCCAGGAAAUACCACGACUGACUUUGACGGCGCCACAAACUUAACCCAGUGUAAAAACAGAAGAUGUGGAGGGGAGCUGGGUGAUUUCACUGGAUACAUCGAGUCCCCAAACUACCCGGGCAAUUACCCGGCCAACGCCGAGUGCACAUGGGUCAUCAACCCGCCCCCCAAGCGCCGCAUCCUGGUUGUGGUCCCCGAGAUCUUCCUGCCCAUAGAGGACGACUGCGGGGACUUCCUGGUGAUGCGGAAAACAGCUUCCCGCGGCUCCGCCACCACGUACGAGACCUGCCAGACCUACGAACGUCCCAUCGCCUUCACCUCCAGGUCCAGGAGGCUGUGGAUUCAGUUUAAGUCCAACGAAGGGAACAGCGCCAAAGGGUUCCAGGUCCCCUACGUGACCUACGACGAGGACUACCAGGAACUCAUUGAAGACAUAGUUCGAGACGGCAGGCUCUAUGCGUCUGAGAACCAUCAGGAGAUACUUAAGGAUAAGAAACUGAUCAAGGCUCUGUUCGACGUCCUGGCCCACCCCCAGAACUACUUCAGGUACACAGCCCAGGAGUCCCGGGAGAUGUUUCCGAGAUCCUUCAUCCGGCUGCUCCGUUCCAAGGUGUCCAGGUUUUUGCGGCCCUACAGAUGAGUCUGCCACGUGCCGUGGGCACGGCCUUCGGCCUGUGGGCUGGCAGGACACGGCCCUCCGCUUCUGCGCCAGCAGAGGGGACACGGUGCCUCUAGUAGCAGCGACCGGUUGGAGUUCAGUUGUUAGAGAGAAUACAGAUGAUUUGGUAAAUUGAACCUGGUUUUUCUGUGCCAGCCCUGGGGUGUAGACCGAGAGCCACCUUGAGUCCGUCUUCUUGUUGCCGAAGGCAGGUGUCUGGAUACAUCAAGGGCUGGCGGAGCUGGAACUCAGUCAGCGCAGGCGGGAUUCACCAGUCCUCGGUCCUGGCUCCUCGAGGGGGCCGUGGUGGAAAGGAGGCCGCAGAAGGGCUGUCCCGCCUGGAGCUUCAGCUUCUUCCAGCGCAGCCCACCCUAAGGGUCCCCGGGCACGCAGGCGCAGGCUGUGAGCAGGCAGCAGGGAACUGGGGGGCGGGGGGGCUCGGCACGCAGGCUCCAGCUCCGAGCAGGCAGCAGGGAACAGGACUGGGGCGGAGCAGCUCCAGGCCCCAUCCACCCACCCGAGACCACCGCCUUCUCCAGCCUGCGUGACCCAGGUCUGGUCCCAGGCCUUGAGUUCUGAGCAGUGAUGGCUAAGAGGUGCUUCAGGCGGGAAGCCUGAGAGAGCGGAGCUAAGCGCCUGCACGGACCUCGCGACCUGGACCUCGGGGGCCUUCCUUGUUGCCAGCUCCCGCCUCGCAGCGAAUGCGAGGUCUGCUCUCACACCUGCAGAUGCGCCUUUACGCACCGCGGGUACCACGGCAGGGCCUGGGGAGCUCAGGCCCGACGAGACCUCCCCGGCGGAUGAGCGUCCGUCCCCUUGAACAGAUCUCACGCACCCCGAGUUGGCGAGCCAGGCCCAGGCGCGACGUGCAGACCAGCCUGUCGCGUUUGCCCUCCCCGCUCCUCCGAGCUCAGAGGCUGACUCGGCUCCAAGGGUGCAAGGCACACUGCUAGGGGUGCUCGGGCUCCCUUUGUGGUCAGGGCGCUGCCAGGAGCCGCUACACAGAGCCCGGCCUCUAAGCACCGCGAGGCCGCCUGCUUUCUGCAGCCGGGGCCCCACAAUCACUCUCUCCCCCGGGAACUUGAUUUUUCAGUAUCACUGCAUUUUAUUUUAUUUUAUUUUAUUUUUUUUUGUCUUUUGAGGACUGCAUUUUAAAAAAUUGAAAUUCACAGGCCAAAAAAAAAAAAAAAAAACAAUAACAAAAACAAACAAAAACCCAACCUCAUUGUAGUGACUAAAAGAAUUCUCUCAAGCAAGCUACCGGUUCCCUAAUGAACGGGCUGCCCACACACAGCCCGUGAUUUAUUUCAGCAACAAACUCUGUGCCUGAUCAUUUUUGCACACCAAAGUCCCAAAAAGUGAUUAACAACUGCUUUGAAAAAAACAAAGACUAUCUCAUUUGUUGUUAAAUUCACUUUUUACCUUGGUGGUGUUUUUAACCUACAAAUAACAUGGAUGGUUUUUAAAGCCAGAAUCAAAUAUUUAUUCUUUAUUUGGAUGGUCCUAAGUACCCAUUUCUGUCUUUCCUCAAAAUUUUGACGUCUUCAUUUAAAAAAAAUAGUCUUUAAUACAAGUACUUGGAAUUUGUAAGCCGGCACUUGGCCUGUGUGCCUGAGCCUGGCCAAGGUGAACAUUCCAAUGUAAUGUGGACACAUUGCUGACCUGACCGACGUGGAGGGCUGCUGAGCUCAACUGCGCCAUCCUGCCCAAAGAAUUGGCAGCUCAGUGGUUAAGACUAACUCCGUACUGCUGACUUCACAGGAAGGCUAGGGACGGCUGUGCACGGGGCAGGAAGGAGGCCGCAGAAGCCGGGGCUCUGAAGCACCCUCCGGAGCCAACCGUGCAUGAGCCACUGAGGCCCCCCUGGAGCCUCGUCUCCAUACCCAGCAACCACCCUGAGAGAUGCCGUGGUCCUGUCGGAAGACUCGGUGGCGGGGGCUGCUGUUGCCACCUGCUCAGUCAGUAAAUAGUUGUUGUAAUCUGCCUUUUGCCAGGCACUGUUCUAGGCCAUAGGGACGCACAGUGACGACACAGACAAGGUCUUGUCAUUUUUGAGUUUGUGGAGGGAGGAGACAGACAGCGAAUCAAUCAAUAUGAAAAGUAUCAGCUAGAGAUAAGGGCUAUGUUGAAAAUUAAAAGAGGUUAGUGUAACAGAUGGCUGCCUGGCUACCUGAGGUUUGGGAACUCGGGGGGGGGGUCUCUCUGGGUAAAUGAUAUUUCAGCUGAAAAAUAAAUUGUGAGAAGGAGCCAGCUUUGGGGAAAUCAGGGGUAAGAACAUUCCAGAGAGAGAGAAGCCAAGUUCCCAUCAGACAGGAACAAGCACGUGUUGGACCACAGACGAGCAAGAAGGCAAAUGGCACGAGACGGGCAGGGAGCUGGACGGCAGCCGGAGCACCGUGGGCUUUGGAAUCCGGAAGGCAGGCUUGGGGGUUAAUUCUAAACACACCGUGAAGCAUUUGGAAGGGGUUUCGACAGAAAAGUGGGAUGAUCUGACUCAUGUUUUUAAAAGAUAGCUCAGGUUACUGUACAAAGAAUAGGUUUCAGAAAGUGGGCGUGGAUGCAGAGAGCAGUUCUCAAACGACUGCCAACCAAGCAGUCAUCCGGUGGGAGGUGAGGUUGCCCGGGACGGGCUGGUCACAGCGGAGGAAGCGAGCAGAAGGGUUCUGCACGUGUCUGGGGAGAGAGUCAACAGCGCUUGCUGAGGUCCAGACGUGAGGGGCGGGAAAAAGAGCAACCGAAGGUGACCCCGAGCUGCCUGAGCAGGCAGCAGAUGGACAAGGCUUUGGGAGGAGCCGGUGUGGGACCUGUGAUGGUUUAAAAACCUGUCUACAAACUCUCUGAUGCUCCUUCCGGGGCAAGCUGGGGGGUGUCUCACCCCUCCCCUUGAACCUGGGGUCUGCGAUGGCUUAACCACUGUUAAUGGCAGGAGUGAGGCUUUAUCCCUUCCUGGCCCCAGGAGGUCAGACAAUUUCCACUUCCUCUCUCUGGGAAAUCCAGGACCUCGGACACCACGCCUCGGGGAACCACCCCUCCCCUCCCCCACUGCCCAGCUGACUCCCGGGUGACAGCAGCAAAACUUGCCAGCGGGGUGAAUGAACGCCUUAGGAACAGGUUCUCCAGCUGAUGCUUCGCUGAGCUGUCCCUGCGAGCUGCACCAAAACGGCCGACUGGUGAGCUAGAUCAGUGAUUGCUGUUGUUUUGAGGUGCCAGGCUUUGGAGGAUUUCUUGUGCAAUAAGGAAACGGUGGAAGAGGAGAGAAGGUGAAGAGUUUGGUGAGUUCGGUUUUGGCCCCGAGCUGUCUAUUAGAGACCCAGAUAAAGGCUUCAGGUGGGCGCCUCGUUCUGCGAAGUCCUGCGAGAGCUCAGGGGAGACUCGGAAUCUCAGGGUCACAGAGCGAAGAAUGAGGUGGAUCGAGGUCACCUGGGAAAAGUACGCAGAUGAAAAAAGACCAUGGGGGAGUUCCCAUCGUGGCGCAGUGGUUAACAAAUCCGCCUAAGAACCAUGAGGUUGUGGGUUCGAUCCCUGGCCUUGCUCAGAGGGUUAAGGAUCCGGCAUUGCCGUGAGCUGUGGUGUAGGUGGCAGACGCGGCUCGGAUCCCGAGUUGCUGUGGCUCUGGCAUAGACUGGUGGCUACACCUCCUAUUCGACCCCUAGCCUGGGAACCUCCAUAUGCCGUGGAAGUGGCCCAAGAGAUGGCAAAAAAGAAAAAAAAGACCAGGGAACUCUGAGUUCCCCGUGUGGCCACAGGGACAGAACCUACCGGCGCAGCUGGUUACGUCUCAGGAAGAGGGCGGAGCUUUGCUUGCCCCCCCCCCCCCCCCCGCGAGCGGGUUCUGCAGCGAAUUGGGAUCCUCCGUGGGGCCGCGUCUGUGCAGCCCCCACGCCCUCCCGCUGGGGGCGUGUUCUCGGGCAUUUACUCAAGAGCUGCUUUUCCAGCUUUCGCCCCCUUUCCCUUGAGUGGCCGGUGCUGAUAAGAGAAUGGCCGCCUUUCACACUAACGGGUGCUCAUCCUCACUUCGGAAAACGGCUUCCUCUGAGUCAUUCUCUGAGCUGUUAAGUGUGUCGGCUGUAGGCGCUGGAUUUAGGUUUGCAGGUGAUUUUCUAAUCGUCAUGUGGAAACUUGGGGCAGGCAGCGGCCGCAUGGCAUAGAGCCCAGACGCACAGACGUCUGCCGGAGGAUGCCCCAGGGCUGCUGCCCACGCUGUGGCUGAGGGCUGGGCCCUAGGGGACCCGGGGCUCCACCAGGCCCGCCUCCAUCUCCUCCUCCGCUCAGAAGGCAUGCUUCUCACUGGCCCGGCAGCACCUCUGCUUCCGUUCACACAGCAGGAUGGGUUCCCAGAGCCUUACCCAUGUCUGCAUCACUCUCGGCCACUUUGGGGCGGUACAGGGAUCUGGUGAGGCUGGAGUAAAGUGGUUCCUCACCAAGUCGAGGGGAGCUGGUUACCUGCGGCCUUCGUGCCAGGUAAGCCAUCAGCUGCCUCCGAGUGCAGGUCCUGGGUGUCCAUCCGCAGGAAACGAGAAGCCCCGAGUGAGGCGUCCUCUGCCUUCUGCUCCAGGGGCUCUGAACCCAGCUCAAGGGGCUCCUGAGCAUUUGUGGUGCCCUUUCCUCCUCCCUCGGGCAUCCCUGAUCAGCUGGCAGGAGACCAACCUCAGGGCCUUGUGGCCUGCAAGGCUGCUCCUGUGACUGACAGCCAGAAAGACCUAACUGCGCAGCCGGGACCACUUGCAGAGAGCACAGCAGGAUCAAAAUAGGGUUGGCACGUGAAACCCCCUAAUUCACAGGCAGGUUGCUCUAGCUGAAUGGAAGGGGUACACGUUCAACCCACCUUCGCUGAGCAGUGGUGACAGCUCAGCCCGCUUGGUUUCCACACAAUCUCUUUAGGAGAAUGGGCUCCAGACCUUAGUCAGGGACAAUUCUUUUUGUUACAGGUUUGCGAACUCAUUCAUUUAUGCAGCAUGUUUGCUUCGGGUUUACAAAGUGCUGGGUAUGGAGGAGCGGGCCGUGCUGUGGCGGGCAAAAUCCUCCUGUGGAGUUUAAAUCCUAGUGGGAGGAGACAGAAAAUAACUAGUGUGAUAACUGUCUCAGAGAAGACAGGAAAGGACAAAGGAGGGAGAAUGCGGAGGUGGUGGCAGGGCUACUGUUUUAGAUAGGGUGAGCUCACCUGGGAAUCAGGAAUCCAGUCCCCUCCCAGGACACUGGCUCCUUAAACCAAGCCUGGCAGUGCUGGCCCUGGCCACGCCCUCUACCCACCCAGCCGGACCUUGAUUGCUCUGGGGCCAGGCUGCCGGAAGCUCCAAGAUGGAACAAGCCCUUUUGCACCGCCUAGAACAGGCGCCACCUAGUGGUCGUGAAUGGAAUCCACUUGUGUUUCCAGUCACAUCCCCCUGCCGUUGGGCUUCAAUGACCUUGGAAGGUCGAUGUUCCUGAUUCCAGACGCAGUGUUCCCAAUGCGGUGUUGGGGACCAGGGCUGUGGUUUGACAACUGACGGACUGCAUCCUGUUUCCUACAGUCGUCAGAAUGUAUCCGUAUGGAUCUCUUCCUUCCCUCUGCCUGGCCUAACACCUCCCGACCGGGUAAGCCGUCAUUGAUCUUCAGGGCCUCUGCAACUGUCGGCAACGCAGUCAGUCACGGCCGUGUCCAAAGACACCCCCGCCCCAUUCACUCAUUCGUGUGGCCCCGGCACCUUGCUAGGCUGGAUGCACGCUGCCGAGACAGGAGGGGAGAGGACUUGAAAGAACGAGGGGACAUCACUCCCCAAAUUGUCACCUUGUGUGUUUGCCACCUCGUGUCGUUCCAAGAGCUACCGCGCCCCACUGACUUGGACUGUCCUGUGAGCCUGUGGUCUCUCCUUGGACCGAAGGAUAACUGUGGGGCACAGCUCGGAGUUUCCUGCCUUUCUUCUACGCAGCGUAAAAAGCAGAAAUACAAACCGACCUCGGAGCCGAGCUUUGGUGCUGCCUUUACCUUAUUACACACUUUAUGGUGGAAAAAAAUUAAUUGCUGCUGAGCAGGAAAUGGAACCGGUGCCCCAGGGCGGGCAGACCCAGCAGAGGGUGCCCGACACAGUCACGGCCGGCAGGAGGGGCGGUGGCAGAGAGUGUGAGCGUGUGGUGAGCCCCAGCCGGGCGCUGCGUGUAACUCGCUGUGUGUGACCACAGCUGGGCGUCGUCACACGGGGGCAGCGUGGCUGCACGACGUGAUGCCCGUCCUGGUGCGAAACGGGACACUAAACACCACGGUAGUGGUGGCGCCCAGAACCCCAGCAUUAGAUCCGGGUGACCCGACUUGAGAGCAGCAGCCUUUAGCGGCCGCAUCAGGUAGCAGAGCUGAGGUUUUGAGUGAAGUGGGUACAAGAACAAGAGGCCUGGGAAACGCUUCCUCAGGGCUCCCGACGAGGCCCUGAAGGGACUCGGCAGUGGGACGCCGCCCGUCCUCCCGUCCUCCCCUCCCCGUGUCCCGCUGCACUUUUCUGGGCCUGCGUUCUCUCUGUUUGUCUUGGUGAAAGAUUUCUCCAAAACUUAUUUUUCCUAAUGCUCAUUUCUUCAAGGCUCCCAUUGUGCCCUCUGCACCCUCUGGAUUUGUAUCUCAGCUCUGCCGCCUGUUGGCUGUGUGACCUUGUCCACGUUACUUAACCUCUCUGUACCCCAGUUCUCCCCUGUGGUAAAUAAAGAUAAAGACAGUACCUGCUGGAUAGGGUCGUUGUGAGAAUUCAAUGAGCUCACACACGGAAAACUGCCUGGAACGUCCCUUGGGCUCCAUCCAUGCUCGCUGUCUCCACCGCCAGCACCACCAGCACUGCCAGCGCCAUCUCUCACUCCUUGAGACUGGAAAGAGAGAAGUUACAUCCAAGCUACAUUUUAAAAGUGGGUUCACACUCUGCUGGUUUCUCCCACUUCAACGAAACAGAAAAUCCCUUCGUUACAGUUUUUCUAGUGGAACGCGUUCUGGGAACAGAGGCGUUAGAGCCUGAGGAGGGAACCAGAGCCGCGGGGCCUCGCGGGAGACCGGGUUCUCCCCCAGGGCUCGUGAGAAGCCGCUGUCCUCUGCGCUGUCGACACCACCGUUGGACACGAUUCCCCACUAGGAUGGCAGCGUGAGAGCCGCGAGGGCGGCGAGGAUGCGGAGACACGCCCGUAGGGGUGGGAAGGGCACGGCUCCUCUGGCAAAGCGUGUUGGUGCCUCGGCGGGUCAAACUUAGAAUUGCUGGAUGACCCGGCAACGCCACUGCAAGAGCAAUGAAAGUGUGCGGCCACGCGAACACGCGUGCCCAGAAGCUCAGAGCGGCGAUAGUCACAAUCGCCAGAAGGCGCAGACGCCCCUGACGGCCGUGUCACUGAGGAGUGGCUACGCCGGCUGCGACACGCACACACCGGCAGCUUUUGCCAUAAAGAGAAGCACCGAGGCGUGUGCCGCAGCAGGGAUGAACACGCGUCGGGUGACAGCAGCCAGUCACCGUGUGUGGCAUGAUUCUAGUUCCAGGAAACGUCCAGAGUAAGCAAAGCCACGGGCCUGCAGGCGACAGGCCGCCUGGGCUCCGAGGCCUGCGGAGGCGGUGGGGAGGACGGCUCAUGGGGACACGGUUUCUUCGGGGACGAUGAGUGUGUUCUAAAGUUGAGUCUGGUGACGGGGGCCCACCAGCUCCGUGAAAGCGCUCGACGUCGCUGAAUUGCCCACGUUACGUGGUACGUUGUGCAGGGUGUGAAUUAUGUCUCAAGAAACAUUUAGUGAAAGAGACGCAGGACUGUGUUCUUCACAGACGUCCCUGCCACGAAGGGCCGAGGAGUCCGGGGCUGCGUCCCGGCCUGGAGGGCGCGGAAGCUCCGUGGGACGCGGAGCCCCCGAACCCAGCCUGGACCCGGGGCCAGAGGAGGGGAUCCUAGAGGACAUCGCUGGGUCAGCGGACGAAACGGAAGCGCGAACCACAAUAAAUGAAAGUAUUGUGUCAGCGAACACGCCCAAGGUUUGUAGCUGCACUGUUAGGUGCGAGAGAAAUCCCUCUUCUUAGGAAGAAUGCGCGGCGAGAUCCUAGUGGGAAAGCGUCACAGCGUAUGUGUGACUUAUCCUCAGGUGGGUCCGAAGACAGUGUUUGGGGGGGUGUGCCCGUGUGUGUGUGUGUGUGUGUGUGUGUGUGUCUGUGCUGGAGGACAGCGAAUGCCGUGGCUCUGGCGUGAAAGGCGAAGGCUCUGGUUGGAGGACAUGCAGGUGUUCUUGGUAUUGUUUUUGGUUUUGCAAUCUUUCCUAAGUUUGCAAUUGUUUGAAAAUAAAACCUUUCAGAAACAA